AUGGAGCACCAAAAGCCCACAAGCCCAAGAUCAGAGGAGGAAUCAGAAGAGACAGGAGAAGAACCCCAUAUCCCUCAGGGAGAACUUGUAGAGGAGGCUGGGAGCUCUUCUGUGCCUGAUGUUGAGCCGAGGUUGUGGUGUCCAGAAACGAAGCAGAAAUAUGAAGAUGCUGAGGCCAGACCAUCAGAUGCAAUGCAGGAGACUGACGAUGAAGGAGAACAAUGUAGCACAUCACAAGGAGGCAUGAGGGACAAAGAGGUGAAAGAGGUUUUGAGCAAACACGAUAGAUCCAGAAGGAAGAAGGGAAACUAUGCAAAAGAGAGGAAGGGCAAACCUAUUUCAUCUCAGAGCGGGCUUCACCUUGAGCAAGAAGAACAAAAAGGAAAGAAACACAGAAAGGACCUCGAUGCUCAUAUGAGAAUCCACGCAGAGCAGAAACCCAGUCAAAGCUCAAAAAUGGUAAAAAGUGGCUGUCUGAGCAAAACAACUGCAAAAGAUCCGAUGCUUGACACAGAGGGGGAAAGACACACUUGUUUGGAGUGCAAAAUGACCUUCAAACGAAGCUCACAACUUACAAGACACCUUCAACAAAAUCAUUCUGGGGAAGAACUGUAUAUGUGUACGGAAUGCGGAAAGAGCUUCCAAAAACAACAAAAUCUCAUAGAACAUCAAAGAUGUGCAAAAUGCUUCAAUACGAGCUCAGGCCUUUCCGACCAUGAAAUAAUUCACAGUGGGGAGAAACCCCAUAAAUGUGCAGAAUGUGCAAAGGGCUUCACUACUAGAGGCAACCUUAAGAAACAUCAACUAAUUCACACAGGAGAAAAACCAUUUACAUGUGAUGAAUGUGGAAAGAGCUUUUCUUGGAAGGCAUCCCUUAUUAUGCAUUUAAGAAUCCACACAGGAGAAAAACCCUUUCAAUGCUCAACAUGUGCAAAAUGCUUCAAUACGAGCUCAGGCCUUUCUGGCCAUGAAAUAAUUCACAGUGGGGAGAAACCCCAUAAAUGUGCAGAAUGUGGAAAGGGCUUCACUACUAGAGGCAACCUUAAGAAACAUCAACUAAUUCACACAGGAGAAAAACCAUAUACAUGUGACGAAUGUGGAAAGAACUUUUCUUGGAAGGCAUCACUUAUUAUGCAUUUAAGAAUCCACGGAGGAGCAAAACCCUUUCAAUGCUCAACAUGUGGAAAAUGCUUCAAUACGAGCUCAGGCCUUUCUGACCAUGAAAUAAUUCACAGUGGGGAGAAACCCCAUAAAUGUGCAGAAUGUGGAAAGGGCUUCACUACUAGAGGCAACCUUAAGAAACAUCAACUAAUUCACACAGGAGAAAAACCAUUUACAUGUCAAGAAUGUGGAAAGAGUUUUCCUGAGAAGCAAUCCCUUAUUCAGCAUGAAAGAAUUCACACAGGAGAGAAACCAUUUACAUGUGAAGAAUGUGGAGAGAGCUUUCCUUGGAAGGCAUCACUUACUAUUCAUUUAAGAAUUCACACAAGAGAGAAACCAUAUACAUGUGAAGAAUGUGGAGAGAGCUUUUCUUGGAAGGCAUCACUUAUUAAGCAUUUAAGAAUUCACACAGGAAAGAAACCCUUGCAAUGCUCAACAUGUGGGAAAUGCUUCAGGGAUAGUUCCAGUCUUACCAUACAUGAAAGAAUUCACACAGGGGAGAAACCCUAUAAGUGUAACGAAUGUGGAAAGCAAUUCAACCAGAGUUCGGCCCUCAUCAGACAUCAAAGGUGCCAUUCAGGAGAGAAACCCUAUGAAUGCAAGGAAUGUGGAAAGUCUUAUACUCAAAGCUCAUCCCUUACUGUCCAUGGAAGAAUUCACACAAGAGAGAAACCUUAUCAAUGUUCUGUGUGCAGUGAAACAUUCUGGGGCAAGAAACAGCUUGUUAGACACCAAAGAAUUCAUCUAUCGGAGAAUGCCUAA